AUGUCUCUAUCACCAUUAAGAGUUCGUGGACACUCUGCAGAUGUGAAUAUCAAGACCUCGACGACUUCAUCACAGGCAUCUACCGAAGUUAGAGAUGCUGAGAUUUUGGGGCUUACAACCACUCUUGUUGGAACAAGUCUCCAAGAUAAAACUUCACCAAUCAUUAUCUCAACAACCACUGGCAUAAACGAACUUAUUGAGACAAUAGAUGCCUUGGCAACACAUCCUCCCUCGUUGUACGUCGAUCUCGAAGGGGUUAACCUUUCGCGAAACGGAACCAUAUCAAUCCUCCAGAUUUACAUCAUGCCCUGUGACACCACCUAUCUCAUCGAUGUUUAUGUCUUGAAAAAGGAUGCGUUUACGUACCGAACACCACUUGGCCGAAAUUUGAAAGAAAUUUUUGAAACACCUUCCAUUCCAAAGGUUUUUUUUGAUGUGCGCAAUGACUCGGAUGCUCUCUACAGUCAUUUUGGAAUUCGUCUCGCUGGAGUACAGGACCUGCAACUGAUGGAGCUUGCGACGCGUAGCUUUUCGAAGAGACGUGUUAACGGUCUGGCAAGAUGCAUUGAGCACGAUGCAUCCAUGACAACUGCGGAAAUACGGGAAUGGUCCGUUGCAAAAGAAAAAGGAAAGAACUUGUUCGCUCCAGAGCGGGGAGGUAGCUACGAAGUGUUCAAUGUUCGCCCCCUCACGACGGAGAUUGUACAAUACUGCAUUCAAGAUGUUCGAUUUUUACCGACGCUGUGGAGAAAUUACAACGGAAAACUGAGAGGUCAUUGGAAAAGUAAAGUUGAGAUUGAAGUUCAGAACAGGAUCAAGCUUUCUCAGUCCCGUGACUACAAUGGCAAAGGGCCGCACAUGGCUUUAGCACCCAGAGGUUGGAAAUAA